AUGAAUAGGCAAGAGGAGGUGAAAAAGGGACAUAGACCCCAAAAUAACCCUCUUUUGGAGGGCGUAAUAGUACGUGUCGGUCCCAUCCUCAACGAUCCUCAACAACAGCGCCUUUCAGCUAAUACCGCAAGCCCACUCUCGCUAGGACCAUCUUCGAAAUUUUUUCCAGAUACCAAACAAAGUAAUUCUACAUUACAGUCAUUUGGCAAAAAUAUUGUACUCACCAAACAGGAUAAAAUCGCACUGGCAAAAAUAAGCGAAAUAGCGGACAGCAUUUUAAAUCAGUUAGGACUAUCAACUGAUUUUAACGGUCGAAGGUACAAGCCAUUGGUAGCAGCGAGCUCCUUUCAAAAUGACGAUAUAAAUUCGGUGAUAUCUGAAGCAAAUCAGAACCGUAUCGAUUUACAAGGUAUUGCCAGCGGACAGAUUCCUGGUUUGGCUCCAAUACCAGUACCGGCUUUUCCUGGACCUCAGGAUGUGCCAGCUAUACCAGGAGUGAAUACCAUUCCUGGUCUUAGCAAUUUUAAUUAUCUGAUAAGCCAGUUGUUCCCACAAAUGAUUCCACCAACAAAUACUCUUUUGGGAUCAUCGAUCAGCCGAUUAGUGCCAAAAGGUUAUGCUAAAAAUUUGGCAAAAGAUGUUUUUCGAGCUGUUCACCCAGCAGCUGAAAAUGUAGACGUCGCUCGCAUGAUGGGUCGUUGGUUCCAGGUCAUCAACAGUCCUCAUGUUAUCCGUGAAGCAUGCACAGUGUCUCAUUUUGGUGCCCUGACGAACAACACAUAUAGUGCAACAUUUACAAUCCUGAAGUUUUACCGUGAAGGGAAUGCUAAUGGUCCACCUCGUUUCUCCCUUGGUUAUGGAUUCAAAUCAGGCGAUACUGGGCAAUUCGUUCUACAUAAUAGCAAUUCACCGGAUUCAGAGCCAUUUUGGGUAAUAAAAAAGGGCCCACUAAACGAAUAUAAUCAGUAUGAUUAUGUGAUUGUAUCAAAUUGGGUCCGAUUUCCUGUAUUUGUGAUUGCCCGAGACCCAGAAAGAUUCCGUAGCCAGCAUAUGCGAAAUGUGUUACAAUUUUUGGAAGACAAUAACUACAUAAAUGUGAUGACAAAAGCUUUCAACAUGAUCUCUCCCGUGGAUUACAGCCAGUGCCAAUAUACGCCAACAUUUUCUGGAGCAGGACGUUAG